ACUCAGCCUCGGGAUGAGGCCCCGCACCGCCCCGGCUCUUCAUAAGGCAGCAGAACCGCCGGUGGCUGCACAGCGCCCGACACCAUGGCCGCCUUCGGCCUCCUCCUCCUCCUCCUCCUCCUCGGCACGGCUGUGGCAGACCUGAAGCCCCAGCAUGAGCAACUGAUCCAGCAAUCGCACGAGAUCCAGCAGUUGCAGCAGGAGGAGCAGGACUUCCAUCUGCUCCCCAACAUCAUCCCAUCAGCUGGGGCUGAUGACAUCCCGUACCCGCGGGCGCCGUCACACACCUCCACCUGGGGCAGCAUCUUGGAGGGCUUCCCCCCAGCCUGGCCUCUGCCUGACGACCUCAGCCGUUACUGCCGCAGCCCUUCGCUGAUCCCCCGUGCACCCCGGCCCUCGCUGCCCCCUGCUGCCUUUGCCCACCUCCGCAGGCAGGUGGCUGCACUCGACAGCUUCUGGCCUCGCCUGGACAGCUGCUGCCAGCACCAUGCCCCGCUGCCCUGCGCCAGGCGGGCGUGGACCGAUGUCCUGGAUACAUUCUGCGAGGAUGAAUUUGGGGUGAAAACACGUCAGUUCCACUGCUGCCACCAGCACGGUGCUGCACGACGCCGCUGCUUCACCGACGCCACCGUGGGCGCCACUGCCAUCACCGAGAUCACCGAGAUCACCGUCUUUGAGCCCGUGGUUGUGCCAUCCUUCCCACCUGGUGAACCCAACGCUGCCAACAUGGAGAACAUCUGCCGCCUGAGGGGGCUGCGACCCAGCCCCAAAGGCCUCCCUGGGCCCCGGGCACGCUUCCACAGCCGCCUGGAGCGUGACUUUGGCCGCUGCUGCCAUAACAGCAGUCUGGAGUGCGCCCACGCUGCUUGGCAGAGGGGGUUGGAGCGCUUCUGCCGGGAGGAGGGGGCUGUGAAGACCCGGCAGCACCGCUGCUGUAAGAGAGGGUUGGGCCAAGCCCGGAGCCGCUGCUUCGCCACCGCCGCCCCCCACCCUGCCUACGACCAAGAAGUGCACAACAUCAGUCUGGCCCGGCCCGGCCCCGCCAUGCUGCGCACCCUCUGCGGACCCAUCCGGCUGCUCAGCAAGCGCCGCCCGGUGCCAGAGCUGCUGGAAGCGGUGACCACCACGUGCUGCGCGUUGCCCCAGGAAGAGCGGAGCCCCUGCGCCGAGGAGCAGCUCUCUCAGCAAAUCGACGUCCUCUGCGCUGCCCCACGCAGCUCCUGGCGCGACCCCCGUGGCUGCUGUGCGUGGGGGGGCCAGGAGAGGCUGCGGUGCUUUGAGGAGGAAUACCUGGAGGGGGUGACGCUGGGAGCUGCCAUUCCUCCCCCACCCUUCGGCCAGGAGGCUUAAUAGCCCGGUAAUAAAGGUGCUUCGGUGUCACACUGCACCGUGUCCCCCCUCCUCGCAGCGUGGGUGAUUUUGGGGAGAAAAGGGGGCGGGGGGGGGUGUUGGGGUGUGUUUUUUUUGUGUGUGUUUUUGUGUGUGUGUGUUUUCGGGGUGUUGCAGCUGUGUCACUGUUUGUGGAUCGGGGUGUGCCCUGUCUGGCACCCACGCGUGUCCGGGGCGGUCUGUGGACUGCGGGUGCUGCGUGUUGCACAUGGCCUCGUGUCCCCAGGGUUUGCGCAGUGGAUUCCCCACGUGUGGACAACACCGGGCCUUUGCCCCUCCCCAUCCACACAGUGAUCCCUUGAGCUGGAUUCCCCACUCGUGACUUCAUUAUUCCUCGUGGGGAUGCUGGAAGGUUCUGAGAUGGGUGGGGGGGGUUUCCCAUUUCCCCGCAGCCCCCCUCCCUCCCAAGAGUCCCCGUGUUGCGCAGCGCCCUCUGCUGAAGGACCUCCCACUCCCCGCCCCCCCACGUUCCGACGGCUCCACGCGUGACUCCGACCCCCGCGGGCGCCCCGGAGUGGGCGGAGCUACGCGGAAUGUUCCUGGAAGCGGUCACGUGGUCGAGCGAGCGCCAUUGGCGGACGCUGUUGCCGGGCGGGGCCAGAGCUAAGAAGCAGAAAUAAGAGCGGGGUGGGCGGGGCUACAGCGCUAACCGGAAGUGACGCAAAUUCCAUGGAAAUGGAGCGCGGGGUCGCGGGUUCGAACCGAGCCGAGCCGCACGUAGCGGGCCGGUGCUCUCCCCUCACUCACAACGGAGCCUUUGCAUUAAAACAGACAUUUAUUGAGGA